AUGCCGGUUCUUGGUAUACUGAUAAUGGUAAAUUUAUGUAAUGAACUUUGUACUUUUGUGCUUAAUCAAUGGCUAGAAAAUGUACCAACUUUAACGGAAGACAACGUUCCUAUUCCAGUGCCUGGAGCUCGCGCGGUUAUUGCACCGCAAUUGCGACAAACUGGUCACUUUGAGGAAAUGUCAGUUAUUGUUGAUGAGGAAGAACAUAGUAUCGAGAUGCAUCUUCCGUACGUUUAUAAGAUUUUGGAAAGCAAGAUUAAUUCUAUCAAAAUCGUGCCAAUUAUGGUUGGCUCGUUAUCAGAAUCCAAAGAACAAUUAUACGGAAAAAUUCUUAGUUCUUACCUUUCUGAUCCAUCAAAUUUAUUCGUUAUCUCAUCAGAUUUUUGUCAUUGGGGCCAGCGAUUUUCGUAUACCUAUUAUUCUGAUUCAGUCAACACAACUUAUCUCCCACGUAAGUCUAAUACACCUCUAUCAAUUCCGAUAUAUAAAUCUAUCGAAAAUCUCGACCGUGAAGGAAUGACUAUUAUCGAAGAAAUGAAUCAUAAAGAAUUUCAUACGUAUCUUUCUAAAACAAAGAAUACUAUAUGUGGAAGACAUCCUAUUGGAGUACUUUUAAGCACGAUUGAUGCUUUGCAAAAUAGUCAAGAAAAAACUGUUACAGAAGAAGAAGGAAAGCCUAAUCUACCUUUUGAUACUACAAAGCCAAGGAUUAGAUUCGUGCAUUAUUCACAAUCAAGUCAAGUUACUCGUGGAGAUGAUAGCAGUGUUAGCUAUGCUUCAGCAUAUGUUUAUUUACCAUGA